UCUGGGUGAACUAUCAAUGUAGCUGUGCUCCUUUUUAAGUUUAUUUCACUGGUCAGUGUUCUUGGACUUCACUGUGGAUAUAGCAUCAUGUAAAAGCAAAAUAUUUAGUUCCAUACCUUGAUUUUUGGCUUUUGUGCACAGCGAUUUGACUACCAAGUUUGGAACUAUUAAAAGAAGGAAAUUACAUCAUUAUACAGCAUCAGAGUGGGCGGUCGAUGGGUUGGUCAGUCUGAUCCAGACACUGUAUAAAUGAAAGGACAGUAAGAAGAGCAGAACAAGCUCCUAAGAGGAGGAGAUUCACUCAUGGUCUAUGAGAUAGAGGAUCAUGAGACUCAAUACUGCUUUCCUGCGAUCAACUCAUCAUGUAUCAAGGGAAAGCGCUCAAGUUAUGAAUACAAUAUCAUGUAUGCAUUUGUUUCAUUGCUCUCAGCAUGGACUGUGUUUCUGAACCUGCUGGUGAUCAUCUCCAUCUCUCACUUCAAGAAGCUUCACACUCCAACCAACCUGAUCAUUCUCUCUUUGGCUGUGGCCGAUAUGCUUGUAGGGCUUAUUAUCAUGCCUGUGGAUGCCAUCAAGCUAAUUGAGACAUGUUGGUAUUUUGGAGACACUUUCUGUGAUGUGUUUUUGAUAAUCAUGGGACUGCUUCUCUCAGCAUCUCUCAGCAAUUUAGUUUUAAUUGCCAUUGAUCGUUAUGUGGCUGUGUGUCACCCUUUACUGUACCCAAAGAAAAUAACAACGGCUAAAACUUUAAUAAGCAUCAGUCUCUGCUGGUUUUUCUCUUCAACCUACAGUAUUGGCUAUUCAGUUAGUGGCAGAUAUUUUGAAGCUUCCCAAAGAUCAGAUGCGUGUUAUGGGAAAUGCUAUUUAGUAAUACGUUUUUCUUGGAUAUUAACCGACCUUUUUUUUUCUCUCUUGUUACCUUGUACCCUGAUUAUAAAUUUAUACUUGAGGAUUUUCUAUGUUGCACAUCAGCAAGUGAAAGUUAUAAACUCCCUGAUGAAGAGUGGUAAAUGUGUAACGGAAGGAUCAGUGAGGAGGAAAUCUGAGAGCAAAGCUGCACUGACAUUAGGAAUCAUUGUGACAGUUUAUCUGCUUUGCUAUAUUCCCUAUACAUUGUCUGCAACAAGUACUACAGUAAUAUCUUCUGCCACAAUUACAUUUCUAUUAUGGACUUUGUAUGUUAACUCUGGCUUGAAUCCUCUUAUCUAUGCUUUAUUCUACCGCUGGUUUAAAAUAUCAGUUAAACACAUCUUAACAUUUAAAAUAUUCAAGCCAGCAUCCUCUCUUGUGGACAUUUUUAAAGAUUAUUAAUGAUUUUUG